CGUCAGAGAUAGAAAACCUAAAGAGAGCGAGCACAGAGUCCAGUCUAGUCUUUCCCUACUCGCUCGUAAACCUCAUCGCUUCGUCUUUUUAGGGUUUCACGAUUCUGGGGACAUCGCGGUUUUCUGCUCGCUUUGCGAAUCGAAGGAAUCAGGUUAAGCUUAUGCAGGUUUUGAAAAGUGUGAUUACAAGGAGUUUGAAUUUUUGGUUUUGGGUUAUGGCAUCGUAAAUAUCUAAACAGAGAUAGUGGUACUUCCAAUUUGCUUCGCUUCAACCAUGAUUGCUGCUGAAACUGUACUAGCAAAGGGAAGGCUGAGGAUCAAAUUUCCUUCAAAAAAAUUAGAAACGGUUUCUGGAACAAGGUCCUGUGAUUAUGGACAAAACUUGUCACUUAUAGAUGUAGGCGAUCAUUGCAGUAAAUAUGGGAGCAAUCAUUCCGAGAUGAUUAAAUCACACAGCGCUGUGAUUUGCUCCUCAGUGAAAAAGAAUUUUGGUGGUGAUUUACCUGAGCAGAAAUCUAAUAUAAUGGCUGCUAAAAAGCGUGGACUGCCAGGGGAAGCCGAGUGUCAAAGGGAGAAGAAACAGAAGAUUGAUCGUGCUGUGACCCAGCAAUGUGCUGCCAUUCUGAAAGCAUUGAUGAGGCAUCCAGCUGGUUGGGUUUUCAAUCAAGCGGUGGAUCCUGUGAAAUUGAAGAUUCCCGACUAUUUCUCAAUCAUAUCCAAACCCAUGGAUUUGGGAACAGUUAAAUCGAAACUGGAUAAAAACAUGUACUUUAGCACUGAAGAGUUUGCUGCUGAUGUAAGAUUGACCUUCUCUAAUGCAAUGCUUUAUAAUCCUCGCUGGAAUGAUGUCCACAAAAUGGCAGAGGAACUGAAGAAUAUUUUUGAGCUCAAGUGGAAAUCUGUUGAGGACGAACGGAACUGUGAAAGACUGAAGUUUGGACAGGGAAAUGUUUUGAGUGGGCAUGCAAAGGAAUUUUAUGAGGCAAGACAAAAUUGCCCUAGAACAUCUCAUUUGAGUACCAGUUUAUCUACCGGCACACCUAAGUCAGCUGAAGGGAAGACAAUUGGAACUUGUGAUGCAAAAUCAGCAAAAGUGAAGCUUGCUAAAGUAGGACAGAAUUGCGAACGCAAGCCAGUAGCAGAGAAUUUUUGUGAAGGCAAUGAUACUGUUAGUAGACGUGCUCGUGGCUUUGCCAACACCAAGCCAUCAAUGAGCCAUGUUGUGUGCAAAUGUCGCACUAUUGGGAGAAAUAUGUGUAGAUGUAGCCUCGCUGUUGACUCGGUUCAUGCGUCCUCAGUUGACAAUUCAUCUGAAAUAUCGAUUGGAGGAGAUCAUCAUCCAAGCAUUGCAGAUAUUUCCAAACUGGAUUGGCAGGCAAAAAAGACAUCGACAUCACACACAAGCAAGUCAGAUGGAACUUCUGAUGGGGCUGUGAGUUCUAUUGAAGAUGAGAGUUUAUGUCUUAGUUCUCAACUUACAAUUUCUGCCACUGAUGCAACGUCUGUGGAAGGAUGGGGAACUUCCAUAUAUGAUGUAGAGUUGUCACCAAAAAGGGCUCUUCGCGCUGCAAUGCUCAAGAGUCGCUUUGCUGACACUAUCGUGAAAGCGCAACAGAAGACUCUUCUUGAUCAGGGUGAUAAGGCUGAUCCAGUGAAGCUGCGGGUAGAGAAGGAAAAACUGGAAAAGAAGCAGCGUGAAGAGAAAGCUAGGAUUGAAGCCCAAAUUAGGGCCACCGAGGCUGCUGCUCGGGAAAGGGAAGAAGCGGAACUGAAAAAACACAGAGAGAAAGCCAGGGAAGCAUCUCGCAUUGCCCUCCUGCAGAUGAAAAGAACUGUUGAAAUUGAGCAGAAUGUGUUGAUCGAAAGAGAACUUGAGAUGCUUUGUGGAUGUUCGUUAUUAUACCAUCUUGAUACUGAAGGUUCUGGUGUUGAGGGUAAAUUUGUGUUUAGGCAUAUUGGGAACCCAUUAGAGCGAUUGGGUUUGUUUAUGAAGGAUUAUAUGACAGAGGAGGAGGAAAUCUUCAAUCCUGGAGAAGAGGGGGAGAUUUUUCCCGUGAAAUGUUAGAUUGGAUUUCUCUCUUCUGCUCGUGCUUGUAAUUUAGUUGUGGUGGGCGGGGAAAGGAGUCAUAACUCAGCUGUAAAUGAACGCAUUUUUGGUAGGGUUUGGAGAAUUUUUGUAAUUAUUUACACGUUGAAAUCAAAGCAUAAGAUAACUAUUGAUCCUA